CCACGCAUCAUAGACACCAGCAAGAAAGAGAUCGCAGUGAAUCGGAGAGCAUAUAAAUCGUUGACAAUAUAAACAAACAACUCACGCACGCUGACAUACAUACAUAUGUACAUAUAUGUAUGUAUGUACAUAACACGUAAAAGUUCUCAUUAAGUGGAGCAUUGAAGGAGCUGAAGAACGAGAGCGAAAACGAGAGCGAGAAAGAGUUUAACACGAGGACAUUUGCUUUAUACCGAUAUAGGCACAGCGGCCACAUCGUCAGCAUGUGGAGCCCACAAAAAGGUCCUACACGGCUGUGGGACCUUAGAUUUAGUAGCUGUAUAUUUAUAUUAAAUUUAAUGUUUAGUUUAGUCAUAGCUGGUAAUGAACUGUGGCCCAUGGAGCGGCCCGAUGGUAUGCCAAACAUAGUUUCACUUGAGGUCAUGUGUGGUAAGGAUCACAUGGAUGUGCAUUUGACCUUCUCCCAUCCCUUUGAGGGCAUUGUGAGCUCCAAAGGACAACACAGUGAUCCGCGUUGUGUGUAUGUGCCACCAUCGACGGGCAAGACGUUCUUCUCAUUCCGCAUCUCGUACUCCCGCUGCGGCACCAAACCGGAUCUAAAUGGCCAGUUCUACGAGAAUACGGUAGUCGUGCAGUAUGACAAGGAUCUGCUGGAGGUCUGGGACGAGGCAAAGCGAUUGCGCUGUGAAUGGUUCAACGACUAUGAGAAGACCGCCUCCAAGCCGCCGAUGGUAAUUGCCGAUUUGGAUGUAAUACAACUCGACUUUCGCGGCGACAAUGUUGAUUGCUGGAUGGAGAUACAGCAUGGCAAGGGACCCUGGGCACCGCCAGUGAGUGGCAUUGUGCCACUAGGAUCCACACUCACCCUGGUUGUGGCCAUCAAUGACUAUCGUGGUGAAUUCGAUAUGCGGGUCAAGUCGUGUGUGGCAUCGGAUGGAUCGGGCCAUGUCAUCAAUCUGUCCGAUGAAUUUGGCUGUGUGCUGAGACCCAAGAUGAUAUCCCGAUUCCUCAAGGCACGCGCUCCCGAUGAGCGUGCCACGGUCAUAACGUAUGCCUUCUUCCACGCCUUCAAGUUCCCGGAUGCCCUCAGUGUGCACAUCAAAUGCAAGGUGGAGAUCUGUCGUCAUGGCUGCUUGGAUCACUGCCAGAAUACGGCUGGUGGAGAUGGUGCGGGUCUGUCCAUUGGCAGUGCCAAUGAGCGCAAGGAUGUCCACAUGACCGACACUGUCGGCAGCAGCAGCAAUGAUCUUCUCCGAGAUUUGGCCCUACCGCCGGCAUCGAUGGGACAUGGACCGCAGUCGGGACAACAUGGUAUUGGCAACAUGGGCAUGGGCAACAUGGGCAUGGCCAACAUGGGAAUGGGUAUGGGUCUGGAACAUGACAUCUUCUACGAGGACAUCAUACACGAUCAUAAGCAAACCAUGGGCGGUGCUGGAGGCGGAGAUCAGUACGAGGAAAAGAGCGUCAAUCUGCAGCCGCGUCCGGUGCACGAGAAUCCCGAUGAGGAGGCUGAUCUAUCCGAUCUCUUUGGCGAUGAUGAUCUUGAAGACAUGGAUAGCGAGGGCGAGCGUUAUUUGGGCCUGAAGAAAAGCGGUAAAUUCCCACAUGGUCCACGACAAUUGGAGGCACAAAAGCGCAUGGGUGUGCCCAUGGCUGGACCACGCUCGCUGGAGCCCAAAUCGGAUAUGGAUGAUGUGCCACGUCCAGUUUACCGGCCACAGGCGGAGGCACUGAAAAAGUCGCGAGAGGAUCACAUUGAUCUGGAUGAGCCAACAGCCAACAGCUCCGAUGCGGACGACACAAGAAAGUCUUCAUCAUCAUCAUCAUCCUCAUCAUCAUCCACGCAAGCGCCGACGCGACGCCGACGUCGUUCUUUGGUCAUAUCCGAUCGUAAGGUGCGCAGUGCGGAUGUUGGAGUCAGCGGUCUCUACGAUGUCAUCUCCGAGGCGGAUCUGGCCUUUUCGCCCGAUUCCAAACAGGAAGCGGUCACCGUAUUUCAGGGCAAAAUCAGCGAGGAGGUCGUCUAUGGCAUCUGCAUGCCCGUGCCCGGUUUCAGCAUACUCUUCAUUGUGGUCAUCUCGGCGACAAUUGUCUCGGCGCUCAUCGCUGGAUCGCUGCUCUAUCGCUAUCAGCUGCAGAAGGAGGCGCUCGAGAAGCAGACGCCCAUGCCAGUGCCUGGUACACUCGCCUCCUGGAUGACGUUGCGACUCUUUCGCAUGCGACACCUGCAACAGCAACAGCAGCAACAACAACAACAGCAGCGACAGCCGCAACAACCGCAACAAACUCCCAGUACUGUGACUGGUCAUGAAACGGUGCAGUGAUCGACGAAUUCACUGACUCCUUCUCCCAACUCUCCACUCUCCACUCUCCUCAUCCCUAACUGCAACAUUCCAUGCGUUCUUUGUUUUUUUUUUAAUUUGAUUUGUUUAAUUGUUGGUUGUGCAGAAGUCGAAUUAGCAGAGCAACUGGAACAACUACAAGAGAAUAUAUCCAACUGACUGGCAAGUUAUACUUGCACCUCUUCCACUUCGUAAAGAAAACAACAAAAAAAAGAAGAAAAUAUUGUAAAAGAAAUGCAAAUGCAGCAAAAGUCGAAUGGCAUUCGUUAGUUUCUGAACUCGUUAGUUAUUUCUCUCGUCAGCUACGCGGGCAACAUGGCAAUACUUGGAGGCAAUUAGUGGGUCGUAUAACAUGCCCAACUCUGUUCCGGUAGAGAGAUGCGUUGGAUGUCCCGGUCCACAAUUUGGUGCUGAAUAUUAAUUAUUUAUUUAUUUAUGAUUAUACACGUAAUGAUUAUUACCUACGAACCUUUUUUUUUUUUUGUUUUGCUUCUGGGUGUAUUUAGUCGUUAUAAGACUCUAUCGAAAUACACAUUCAAAUAGAGAUGAUCCGGUAUUCAUACAUACAACAGCGCACAUGACUAACGUUAGGGAUAACUUAACUUAUUUACUUAAUCUAUAGGAACUUAUCUUAAGCGGCGGCUCACAUGGAUAUCUAAAAUUGUUAUUAGGAAAUCUUGAAUUAAAAAUUUUAAAAACUUACUCGUAAAGUCAUUCGGAUGCGGCGAUUAGCAAAUUUUAAGUGAAAUUUUUAGUUAAAUUAUAUCUAAAUUCGGAUAGGUCAGAUAUAUGGCUUUUACUCUUAUUUAUUUGGCAAUUCCUUUGAAGAAAAUACAUUUCUUAACAUUUCACCAGAUUUCUGAUCUAUGUGAAUUUAGAUUUAUGUACUUACUUACCACAUACUAAUAUAUCUAGUAAAUUGUCGUUAAAAUGGAAUGGAAUGGAUACAAAAAAACAAAAAAAAAA